ACUUGAGGGGAUGGAGGCUUUAUUGGGGUGGUGAGCGCUCUCUCAGAUAGCAUCAGAGUGCACUGCAAAAAUUAAUUUGCUUUCUAGGAGAUGCUGCUAAGUGAUGAAGCCGCGUGCUUGAUGUGUACAGCACUUUUCUCUCCACUUUUCGGAGCCAAAAGUGGAUUAUGGACGAGUCGAUCUCCAGCGUGAGAGAGGAGAGGGGCGACUGCACCUGAACAACACAAAGCGAAUGCCGCAUCACUCUCUGGCUGUGCCAGCCGCGCAGUGGGAAUGGAUACCGGCAAUUUCCUCGCGGGGAUAUGCUUUUUCCUGCUGUCGCUCAAUGGGCUCGCCUCUUCCUCUCCGGCGACAAGCUUUUGUCCCGACCGCUGUGACUGUCAGCACCCGCAGCACCUCAUGUGCACCAACCGUGGGUUGCGCACCGUGCCCAAACCCGCCGCGCGGGUGUCCGAGGAGGUGCUGAUCUUCAGCCUUGGGGGUAACUUCAUUAGUAACAUCUCUGCCUUUGAUUUCACACGGUACAGUAACCUCGUGCGGUUGAAUUUACAGUACAAUCAAAUACAAAAUAUUCACCCAAAAGCAUUUGAGAAACUCUCCAGGUUGGAGGAGCUGUAUUUGGGACAUAAUCUUUUAUCAAAUAUCCCCGCUGGGACUUUACAGUCCCUGAAGAAAUUAACUAUUCUCUGUGGAAAUAAUAAUGACAUUAAGAAAAUCACACCGGAGCUCUUUGCCAACUUGGAUACUCUUGUUAAACUGCGUCUGGAUGGCAACUCCAUAGAAUCUCUGCAGGACUCUGUUUUUAAAAGUUUGACCGGCCUACAUUAUCUGCACCUGGAAUCCAACAAACUGCAGCACAUUCACAGAAACGCUUUCUCCAAACUCACCAACCUGCGCUUUCUAAACCUGGCGCACAACAAGCAGUCAGCCGUGCGCAAUGCCCUCACUUUCUCCCAACUCAAAGCUCUGACAACUCUACUGCUGUCUGAGAAUGAAAUUCAGUACGUCGGGAACCACGUCUUCCAAAAUCUGAAAAAGCUGUCCAGACUGUCCCUCAGCAACAACAGGAUCUCUCAUCUGGAAAGCGAGGCUCUCAGGGGGCUGUCGAGCCUCAGAGAACUUCUGAUUGACGGCAACGAGCUGGAGGAAAUCCCCGCCGGUCUCCUGGACUCUCUGGAGCGCAUCGAGGAGCUGGACUUCAGUCGCAACCGAAUUUCCAGUGUGGACUCUUUGGCUUUUAAGCAACUUAAACAUCUGAGGGUGCUGAAGCUGAAGAACAACAUGCUCACCAGCCUGUCUGGGGAAAUUUUUGCUCUCAACAACGUACUUUACGACCUGGAUCUCCACGGCAACAACUGGACGUGCGACUGUCGCCUGGAGGAGCUGAAAAGAUGGAUGACUGCUGCGCGUUCUCAGGGCAAACUGUUAACUGUUUUUGUAAAGUGUCAUCACCCAGCAACUCUGAGGGGGAAAUAUCUGGACUAUGUGAACAGCUCCCAGCUGCAGCCCCUCGGGAACUGGACCCACUUGUGCAGGAGCCAAGCUGGGCCUGAGGAGAGCAGGGGAGGUGGGGUGUUGGUAAAGGUUGGGGGGAAAGAGGGAGGAACUGCGGAUAUAAUAAAUCAGGAGGGGAGAGGUGAAGAAGGCCAGGUGGAGGAGGCAGAAGGUGUAGAUUUGAGACAGGGCAGCAGGGAUGGAGUCACAAUGAGGAAUGGGGGAGAGAAAAGGAAGAGAGAGGGACAGGUGGAGGUGGAAAUCCAGGGAGACCAAGGGGGUCUAGAGAUGGCAGAAGCCUCCUCUCUGCAAAGGAAGAAACCAAAGAAAGAGUCACUCAGUCCAAGAUCACAACCUGCUGCUGAGGCUGCUGGGAAACGUGCCAAAGGUAGACGAAGGUCAAAUGUCAUUUCCAAAACUGAUCCACCACCUACUUCCACUCAAGGUCCUGCUGGAAACCAGGACAGAAGCUCCACUGAUCCAAACAUAGGGUUCACCCCCACUUCUUCAGUCCAGUCAGGAGAAAAGUUCGACCUUCUGAGGUCAGAUCAGGAAGCUCUACCUGUAAUCACAGAUCCCUGUGUGUUCAACCGCCAUUUUAUCACUAAUGUUUCAGUGGAUCAAGUGACAUCUAGUACUGUCACCAUCUACUGGACCACCAGGGAUCAUCACCGCUACACACCAGGAUCUGGACCUGGCCUAGAUGAAGUCCACUACAGGAUUCUGUUUGACCGCUUUGGCACUCCAGAACGUUUCCCCCGCUAUGUUUACGCUCGUGGCACAGCUCGCUCUGUAACCCUUAGAGAACUCAGCUCAGAUGUGACCUACAUGGUCUGCGUGGAGGGAGUAGUAGGAGGAUCUGUGUGUCAAGUUGCACCCCGUGACCACUGCGCAGGGCUCGUCACUCUUCCUGAGGGACUCAGCCGUGGAGGCCUGCUGACCUCUGACCUCCAGCUGGUGACGGUGGCCACACUGGCUGGGAACGCUGUGCUGCUGCUGGUCAUUGGCGGGGUCUGGCUGGGGCGGAGCCUAAAAAGGAGGCUGCAAAGGAGGAAGACGGCUGUGCAUGUGAGGCACAUGUACUCCACCAGGCGACCAUUCCGUCCCACCGUGGCGACUGCAUCAGUGUCCGCUGACUUCACCAGCUACCAAAGCAACCGCCCAGCCCGACUUGCACCACUAGAGGAAGGGGACCUCAUUGAGUUCCCUUGCGACCGCUUUCUGGACACUAACAGUGUUCACAGAGACAGUGACAUGCAGAGAUUCACUGACUAGAGCUAUACACCAUGAAAACUCUAACAAAGUUGACAUGUGUAUUGCUUGUGCUGCAAAACACAGUCCCCUCUCCUGACGCACCACUAUCAUAUUAAACACACAGGUGUGUUUGUUGCUGUGAUCAAACCAAGUCAACAAUCCCACCAUUUUGUGUUUUGGAUUCUUGUCGGACCACAAGAAUAACUUUAAAAGUGACUUUAGAACAGCUGAGCUCAUCAGUGCCUUUUCAGACACCAGAGGAAGUCUAAUCCCUCUGACUUCCUCUUCCUGCUUUGUGCUUUUCCUCUUUCAUUUCCUUGCACCUGCGAGUGCUCUUAAAAGUGUGAUUUGUGUGUG